CCCGCCUGGGAGCAGAGGAUCACAGGGAAACUGUGGUGACUCGCAGGUCGGAGUGCGCAAAGCAACGCGCCCCUGUGAUUCAUCCGCAGUUUUCCAGACGGUGCGCAGGUGGAGGCGAAGAGGAGAGGAAGCAGCCGCUCAGGAGGACGGACGGAUGAGACGGCCAGGGAUGUUCAAUACGCGCAAGAUUUAUUCCACCUAAGGAACAAACAGUUUUUUUCUUUUCCUCCACCCCUCGGUGUUGCAUUGAUUUGGAACUAGUGGCUUGAUUUGGCGCAGCUGUAACCCAUUUUUCCUCCGUGACAAAAGUUUGACUGUUAAAAAAUGAUGCUCUGCUCCGCUCCUGCUUUUUCAUGCAAUGCUGUGGAUUCCGGCGUCAGCGUAAGUGGCCAGUCAUCACUUGAGAAAUAGCUGCGAUUCUUUCGGUCUUAAUUUCGGUGCCAAUUUUCCAACAAACAGAGGGCUUUUAUUCUCCGAAUCAUCGCUCGCCCGGGAUUGCAUCCGUGUGAAUUAAUGUCGCACUCCAUAAUGGACUUCCUCGGACUGUACUUCUUACAGCUGGCUCUUAUUGGAGUCCCACGUAUGGCUCUCUCUGCAGGCGGGAGGGACUGCCUGCGAGCCGGAGACACCUGCUCCAGCGACGACACCUGCAGCCCACGACUGCGCACCCUCAGGCAGUGUGUGGCGGGGGACGGCACCAUGAAGCUGGGGCCCGGGGCGCGAAACCAGUGCGAGAACGCCAUGACGGCGCUGCUGUCCACUCCUCUGCACGGCUGCCAGUGUAAACGAGGCAUGAAGAAGGAGAAGAACUGCCUGAGCAUCUACUGGAGUCUGCAUCAGUCUGUGCUGCACGGACUCAGCCUGGUGGAGGACUACCCGUACGAACCGGAGGAGAGGGGCUCCGACUACGUCCGUCUGGCCUCCAUCGCUGCAGAGUCUGAAGUAACGACGGUGAACCGCUGCCUGGAUGCUGCCAAGGCCUGCAACAUCGACGAGACGUGUCAGAAGCUUCGCACCGAGUACGUCUCGUCCUGCAUCCAGCCGUCAGCCCGCUCGGGGCCGUGUAACCGACCAAAGUGCAACAAGGCUCUGAGGAAGUUCUUCGACCGCGUUCCCCCCGACUACACCCACGAGCUGCUGUUCUGCCCCUGCACCGACACCGCCUGCGCAGAGCGCCGCCGGCAAACCAUCGUGCCGUCCUGCUCCUACGAAGACAAGGAGAAGCCCAACUGCCUGGCCCAGCUGCGCAUCUGCAAGGCGGACUACGUGUGCAGGUCUCGCUGGGCACAGUUCCAGUAUGAUUGCCAACCCUCCGAGCAGAGCGCCAGUGGCUGCAAGCAGGACAACUACGGAGCUUGUCUGCUCGCGUACACCGGCCUGAUAGGAAGCACAAUAACUCCAAACUACCUUGACAACUCCACAUCCAACGUGGGACCCUGGUGCUCCUGCGCAGCGAGCGGCAACCACAGGGAACAAUGCAGCGACUUCCUCACUUCCUUCCACGACAACGUCUGUCUGACCAGGACUCCGACUUGCCGCGGCAGCUCCUCUGUGCUGUUUACUGUAAGCUCCUUAGAGACCCAGAAAAACAAACCUCAGACUGACUGGCCUCAUUUCCCUACGUCUGAGCAAAGAGGCGCUCCUCUCUCUUCCUGCCUGAGCAAACGGCUGCAGCCAAACACCGCUGUACGUGAUAACAAGGAUGAACAAGUUUCUAAUGGGAAAGGCGAUUCGUGGACCAGCGGUGCACGUCGCGCUCUCAUCUCUAUUGGAGUUCAGUCUCGUUUGCCAGGCGCAGGCGAGCCACUGUUCUAUUUUGGGGAGAAACGUACAGAGAAUGAAGUGCGAUUCGUUCUGACUGAAGCCGAGGACAUCUUUGCCGAUGGUUACGUUUCAGAAGUGGACAGCUGUGGCGUGCACGUUUUCUUCCAGGUAAACGAGAACGACAGAUUGUGGGGCGACGAGGGAGACUCCACCCUUCCCUCUCCGGGUCUGUCGGACCGCGGAGCCGAGCCCGUCCGCCUGUCCCUGCUGCUGGGCCUCGGAUGGCUGCUCCUGCUGCUGCUUUCCGACCAAUAAGAGGCCUCGCUCACCUGGCCUCCACGGACUAACGCCAGACCCGGGGUGGGGGGGUUGGUACGAAAGAAAGAGCCAUUUCUAUGUGUCAAACGACGGUGGGGGAAAGGGUCGACUCUGUCCCGCCCCGCUCCCCUCUCCCUCUCUGUCACAAAAAUCACACUUAAUCUCUUUUUGUGAAUCAUGACUCAGAGCAGAUGUGUUGUGCAGCCCACGCCCUUGAGAAGACCGCCGGAGAGGGUGCGGCUAUCGCACCGCGGGGGAGGGAGGGGGGGUAGACUAGGAAGUACACACCUCAUUUCUUGCUUCACGCCUGUCCAAAUACAAACUGUUACACACACAUGCAGACUUUGUUCAUAAGAAAAAAUCGUCCAAACUACAGUGGAAAGAGCCUGUGGGUUGAGAAGGUGUACAGUGAAGAGACACUGAAGAUGCCGUGCGGGAAAACUCUAAAAAAUAUUUAAAAAUCUAAAAACCAAACAAAAAAAUACUUUUUUUG